GUUAAUACGGUAAUUUAGGUAUAGAAUCCUCUGAAAUGAUGUACACAGUACUUAUUGUGUACCUUCUUUCUCGAUUCUUUGCAUCCCAAUUCAUUUUAUUUCUAUUUGACUAUCCGAAGAAAAACCCAGUCUUGGAAACCCUAACAAAAAAAGAAAUUCGCCCCCAAUUUCAACUUAAAACCCUUCAAAACCCUAAAAAUUACUUGAAUCAACAACAUUCAGCGACUGAUUGAAGAAUCAACGUCAGAAAUCGAGCAUAUAUAGACGCGUGUACUUACACACAGGAAUCAAUUAGCAGCAACUUCUGCAUUCUGGAUUGUUAAUUUUGGGGGCAGAAAAAUGUCGACGAGGAGGAAAGUAGGGGAGGAGAGGUUGUACUACAGUCCGCCGGCGAUGAGAAGGCACCACCAGAUGUUGCAGCAGCAGCAGCAGCAGCAGCCGCCGCCGCCGCAGCAGCAGCAGCAGCAGCAAUCGAAGCUUAAGAGUUCAUCUUCAUCAGUACCCGAAAGAAGAGGAUUCGGGUCGGGUUCUUAUUUGGAUCGGUUCUUGGAUAACACAACUCCAGCUGUGGCCGCCCAGCAUUUUCCUAGGACAAGCAUGAAAUCGUGGCGAAAUCGUGGUAGUGAGUUCCACCCGUACUUUGUCCUUGGAGAUCUUUGGGAAUCUUUCAGGGAGUGGAGUGUUUAUGGAGUUGGAGUCCCUCUUCUUUGGAACGGGACUGGUUCCGUUGUCCAAUAUUACGUACCAUCUCUCUCUGGUAUUCAACUAUAUAUAGACCCCACAACGCAGUUCUCCGAUCAAAGAAAGCCUGGUGAGGAGAGCGAUGCUAAUUCAUCCAGAGAGACGAGUAGUGAUGGCGGAAGUGAAUACGGAACCGAUAGAGGGGCCCACAAUACUCGGGCUUCUAGAAGCCAGAAGAACAGACACGGGGAUGACAUCAGCAUCCCGCCUGGUCUGCUUAUAUUCGAGUACUUUGAGAGAGAUCUCCCGUUUCACCGUGAACCACUAGCUGACAAGAUGUCAAUACUUGCCUCCAGUUUUCCUGAACUAAAAACACAUAGAAGUUGUGAUCUAACACCGUCUAGUUGGAUAUCUGUUGCUUGGUACCCUAUAUAUAGGAUACCUGUAGGCCCGUCUCUGCAAAACGUGGAUGCUUGUUUUUUGACUUUCCAUUCCCUGGCAAAACCUGUUAGAAGUACUGCUGAAGGGGCGAACGAUGCUGGUAACAAGCUAUCACUUCCGACAUUUGGGCUUGUUUCUUACAAGUUUAAAGUACCGGACUUGAACGGAACUGGGGUCUACGAAGGGCAGAAAGUCAACUCUCUCCUCCGAGCUGCAGACAACUGGCUUCGGCUGUUGCAAGUCAACCAUCCCGAUUACAACUUUAUGACGCACAACACACAGUGGAGGUAGAAAAAACACAAAACGUAUCGACUUGAAGCUUCAGCCCCCUGAGAGAAGAACAUGCACGCACUUUCAGCACUUUCUGCAUUGUGGGCCAUACGGGCCGGCCCGGUGUGAACUACCAUACUAGAGUUGAGAGAAUAUGCCGAGUUAAUUGCAAGCAAAUGCAUAUAUAGGAGAGGUGUGAUGAAUUUUCUUCAAUUGUUUAAUGGUAAAAUGUUUCUCUUAAACGCCUCUGUUAUUCACAAGUCUUGAUGCAACUUUAAGAGUCCGAUAGUGACGAUGACGAAUAGUACAAAUGUAUACUAUACAACUUUUUUUGUAUUUUUUUGGCUUAAGUUUUUGGUUAUGUGUAACCCCUUUAUGGGAUAUUUGUGAAUUUGAAGUUUCUGCCUGAAA